GCGAUAGUUGAUAUGAUAAAUAAUAUCUGAGCCAAUUUCGAAUAUGCAAAGUUCAGCUCUUGAUAAGGGUUGGCGACGGCGGAGUUAGCUUCGGCUGUGCCGCCACAAUUUACACACAAUUUACGUCUCCGCACACAAGGGAUAUUCGAUAAGCGCGUAUAUUAUUGAAGAGAAUUAUAGGUCGUCAACUCGGAGAUACGCUGCUGAUAUACGCCUGUAUAGCGACGCAGACUCUUCACAAUGACACGCCUAAUUAUGGUUGGUGUGUGUUUCGUCGAUACGAUCUUAAGUGUGGAUCACUAUCCUGGGGAGGACGAAAAGAUGCGGGCUUCUAGUGUGUAUCGGCGGAGAGGAGGAAAUUGCCCCAAUUCUCUCGAAGUGAUACAGCAACUAAUAGACGUUGCCCAGUCGAAGCUGCCAUUAAAUCUCAUAUCAGUACUCCCAGCAAUUGAAUCAGCAAGUUCACGAUUUAUAAGACAAUCGCUGGGGCCGAAUGUCAACUGUGAUGCUUGUAUCUAUCGCCAUGACUCGGAUGAACCGGCUUCAGCCUACGUAAUCAGUAGCCAAAGAACAGGAAGCAGAACGAUCGUGAGCUACAAUGGACUGCCAGAGAUGACUCUUGAUGAGUUUUCAUCUUCAGUUGAAAAGCUUGGUUACAUGGAAAAGACCUACUUUCAUUUUGAGGGAACAAUGCCAGAAGCGAAUCUGCAAUGCAUAUUACACAUACGGCAUAAAUAUCCUUCCGCAGUCAUUAGCGUUGAGGUCGAGAACCCACGCCGCAGAGGACUUGAGAAACUCGUAGCUGAGGCAGAUAUCGUUUUCUACGCCAAAGGCUGGGCCCAGGGAAGUGGCUAUACAUCCAUGAAGGAAUGUCUGGAGGCACAGACUCAUGUCGCCACAAAAGCGAAAUAUCUAUGCUGUACAUGGGGCAAGGACGGCGCUUCGUUGUUAACAAAGCCUGACAACAUCUACAUAACGGUGCCUGCAUUAGAGGUCCAAGAAACCAAAAUCGUGGACUCUAUAGGUGCUGGGGACACAUUUCUUGCUGGUAUGCUCUUCGGUAUUCUAUGCCACGAAGAUGACUGGGAUCAAGAACGCAAACUGCGUUUUGCGACGGAACUUGCCGGGUUAAAGGUUUGUCAGGAGGGUUUUCAAAAUCUAGGAAUUGGUAUAACCCAUCUUCUAAAAUGA